CCAACUAGUUAACUACGAUCUCUCGUGUUCAGCGCUCAGUUGUUGUCGAUCGCUCAUACAAAUUAGACGUGUUUUUAGUGAAAUACAUUGUUAUUAUUGUGCCUUUGUUGACAUUGUCAGUUGUUCAAAAGUGAUUAAAAUUUUUCUUCGGGACGUUGAAAAAAAUUUUGCCAUCACGUCGGCGAGUACAGCGGAUGUUAUAAAACAACAUAUAAUGGUUGCCGAAUUCGUGGGCCGUGGUCAAAGUGGGUCCCCAGUAAAUGGUGAAAUACCACAUCUCAAUUCAAGUUUACCGGCCUCUCACACAAUGGAGAUGAUGGCCAGCACAUCUACGUCUGGUGACGAAUUCCCCCCUGGAAGCUAUGGGAUGUCCUCUGUCAAACAUAAGGAGUUGUUUUCCCAACGCAAGCAAAGAGAAUUUACUCCAGAUAAUAAGAAAGAUGACAGUUAUUGGGAUCGUAGAAGAAGAAAUAAUGAAGCUGCCAAGAGAUCCAGAGAAAAGAGACGAUUUAAUGAUAUGGUUUUGGAACAGCGCGUAGUUGAGCUAACUAAAGAAAAUGCCAUUUUAAAAGCUCAAUUGGAAGCUAUCAAGGAAGAGUAUGGAAUCUGUGGAGAAAACGUUGUAUGUGUAGAAAAAGUUUUAGCAAACUUACCAUCUAGUGAACAAGUUUUAAGUUUGUCCAAAAGGCAGAAGCUCACUCAUCCUGCAGCUCCUAUUUUAUAUAGUCCACAGACACCUAUCCCUACCCCAGUAAUACACCAACCUGUUAUGGGAUCUCCUCCACCACAGCCAAUUUCUCACUCCCACAGUGUCCUUCACGCUCCUCCUUCUUCACAUUUGGAACCGGCAUACAGAGAACCAGAUUACCACCAUCCUCAUUACCAACUAACUUACCACACAGGUAUUUCUUACGACUCUAAUAAUGCUCUGAAUCUCUCUCGUUCCCGUUCACGAGUACAAUCGCCUUUUGAAGUCUCAAGCAACUCAGGCGAUGAAAGCGCUCCUGUGGCUUUAACGACAAAUGAAGCCAACAAUAGUCUACCUUUGAAACUAAGACACAAGUCCCACCUUGGAGACAAAGAUGCUGCUAACGCACUCCUCGCCUUACAGAACAUUAAACAAGAACCAGGUCCUCGCGCUAGUCCGCCAUGGGAUGGAGAAGGUUCCAGUGAUGAACGAGACUCAGGCAUUUCCCUUGGUGCCGAAUGGUCAGCCGCUGCAACUGCCGCAGCUACUCUUCAAACCCUCAAACAAUCCCAGCUAACCAUGCAAGACAGUACGGAAGGCGACACCACCGCAAAACAUAGACUGCACUCAGAAAUAGUUCGGCUUUCCACAGAAGUCGAACACCUCAAGUCCAUGAUGACUAGGAAGGAGAAAUAAACAGUUUCUGUUUCCUCACUGUUAGUUUAGUUGUUGAUGUGAUGUAGUGGUUACCAAAACGCCACUGUUUUUGUGAUGAUUCUCAAAAGAGAUUGGACAUAUCGUGCUCCAAAGGAGCAUAUUUAUUAUAUUUUUAGUUAUUUAUUAUUAGUUAAGGAUUAAUUUGACGGAUAUUUUGAAAUAGCACAAAUAUUGCUUCAUUUUGCCAAUGUAUUCCUAUGAUUAUUUUGUAUUUUAUUCAAAUUGAUUGUUUACCAUGUUUUAAACUAUAAUUGUUUCUUAUUGUAUUAUUAUAUUACGUCAUCACCAGCUGAUUCACCUAUUCAUCUUGUCAUAGGGAUUAAUGUACCUUUUAAUAUAAGCUGAAAAUAUGUGUGAUUUUGUAAACUAUUUAUCAUAUAUGUAUAAAUGUAUGUAAUUUUUGUUAUUUACCACUAGAAACCUAGCGGUCCAUCUUAUGUUAUCUCAUUAUUGUAUAUUUAUAAAUAUCAAUAUCUAUUGUAAGACUUAAUGCUGGACGUUACCUCAACACUCUUUUCUAAUGUUCACUUGUUGUCUAUCUAUCUACUACAUAUUAUAUGUAUGUGAAAAUUGUAUGAACCAUAUUUGUCUUUUGUCCAGCUUUAACAUAACUAUGCAUAUUAUCAACAUAAAUUAUUUCUUCCUAUUACCGAAGUGAAUGUAUCCUAAUAUCUAUGUGUAAAAAUAAA